GACGAGCGCAACGUGCAGGUGGCCUGGUACGGCGUCGCCAUUGUAGUGGGAGCUCUGGGGGCCACCUACGCGGCCGUGCCACUCUACAAAGUCUUUUGUCAGACCACCGGCUUUGGCGGAACCACGCAGCGGGUGCACACCUGGACGGAUCAGGACGCCGCCGCACGACUCGCUAGUCUCAAGCCCGUCGCCAACGCCGAUCUACUGACCGUCCGCUUUGAUACUACCGUCGGAGACGUCCUGCCCUGGAGCUUUGUGCCCGUCCAACUCGACGUCAAGGUCGUGCCCGGAGAAACCGCCCUCAGCUUCUUCCGCGUCACCAAUCAUUCCGAUAAGGCCAUUACCGGCGUCGCUACCUAUAACGUACAUCCUCCCAAAGUUGGUGUCUACUUUCAGAAAAUUCAGUGCUUUUGUUUCGAAGAACAGCGACUCCUGCCCGGAGAAACCGUCGAUAUGCCCGUCUUUUUCUUUAUCGAUCCCGAUAUCGUUAACGAUUCACAAGUUUCCUACGUACGCGCCAUUACUCUCAGUUAUACCUUUUUUCAAACCGACGAAGAAGACGACGACGACGAUGACGAGCAGCCGCCGGAGGUGGCAGCCUAG